UUACUAUGGCAAUGACAAAGUGGAAACCUGAGCUGGCAGCAGUUGUUACCGGCAAGACCAAGACCAAGCAUCUAUUGUUCCCUUUUUUGGCUUUAUGCUCAGACAACUGAUGAGUGACCAGUUACUAUUAGAUUAGUACUAUAAUUGGAUUUUGAUUUGAGGAAGAAAAACUUAUGGAUUGGGUGGCUCUUUAUUUUAAUCCGAAAUAAUAGCAUUUUUGUAAAAACCAAAAAAAUGCUAUUUGAAAGGGUAAGGAUAAAAUAUUAACAAAAAUUAUCGUUCUGUCCAAAAAUUGUUGUUGGAUCAACUAAAAUUUCAAUCCUUUGUUACCCGCAGCCUCGUCCACCCGACAGGGCAGCCUGAUAUUUUGAACCGUUGGAUCUUGUUUAUGUUAUCCAACGGUGGAGAGUAUAAACCUAAACGCCAUACAGAACUCUGACCAAUUUCUUUGUACAACCACACCCAUCUCUUGUUGUAGACACUCUCUUUCUGCUAGUUCAAGCUCGGGGCGGCGAGAGAGAUCCUCAACCAUUUUAGUUUGCUUCUUGCAAGUUUUGUUAUAACUCUUUGAUAUGGGUAAGGAGAAGGUUCACAUUAACAUUGUGGUCAUUGGCCAUGUCUACUCUGGAAAGUCAACCACCACUGGACAUUUGAUCUACAAGCUUGGAGGUAUUGACAAGCGUGUGAUCGAGAGGUUCGAGAGGAGGCUGCUGGAAUGAACAAGAGGUCAUUCAAAUAUGCCUGGGUGCUUGAAACUCAAGGCUGAGCGGGAGUGUGGUAUCACCAUCGAUAUUGCCCUGUUUAAGUUUGAGACCACAAAGUAUUACUGCACUGUCAUUGAUGCUUCUGGACAUCUUGACUUUAUCAAGAACAUGAUCACUGGUACUUCACAGGAAGACUGUGCUGUCCUUAUCAUUGACUCCCCCACUGGUGGUUUUGAAGCUGGUAUUUCCAAGGAUGGUCAGACUGGUGAGCAUGCCGUGCUUGCUUUUACCCUUGGUAUCAGGCAGAUGAUUUGCUGCUGUAACAAGAUGGAUGCCACAACCCCCAAGUACUCCAAGGCAAGGUACGAUGAAAUUGUGAAGGAAGUCUCUUCCUACCUCAAGAAG